GCGUUUUACAAUACUGUAAAUUUCACCACAGCCAGAGUCAUAAAAUAUAAGCGUGGACAAGCCGACUGCCGCAUUAAAAGCAUUCAAGAGUUUUUUUUGUGCACGCUGUCAGACGAGCAAUUACUCGCCUUUCGAUCCAACGCAAGUGGCAGAACGUGAAGCACGCGCUACUCUUGCAAUAUAAGCGACAAAACGACCGGUGAUUUUGUGAUUUGGUUACGGUUGAAAGUUAAUUGGUUGCUUGGUUAGUGUGUGCAGUGAGCGAUAACAAUGACUAAGGAUACGAUUAGCAAGGUGCAGGAGUACAAGGACUCUCUUAUCACGAAGGCGGAGAUCCUAAUUACAAAAGGUUUCCCCGAGAAAAUCGUGGAACUGAAUGAACUUCUCGCUACGCCCAUGUUCAAUGAACGCAACUUUAGCGAGGUUCAUCAGGAUCUGAACAUUCCGGUAAUGACACCCAUAUUGGUCAACAAUCACGAUAGCGGCGGCGCCGGCGAUACCGUCAACGAUUCCCCAGUGCCCAAGCGUGCCCGCAAAGAUGACAACAUUUCCGGCACAGCGGUAUUGGGUAUACCCAGUGGCACGGUGCCGUGCAAUAAGCCGCUCUGUGAAAUGAUCAAGGUGGUGAAGCCCAUCAUACGAAAGCUCGUCGAGGACUCGAACUUGCUUAAAAUGUGGAUUUCAUUUAUGAUACCCAAAAUCGAGGAUGGCAACAAUUUCGGUGUCUCAAUUCAGGAGGAUACGCUGGCCGAGAUCCAGACUGUUGAGUCAGAGGCCGCCGCCUUUUUCGAUCAGAUAUCGAGAUACUUUCUCACCCGUGCCAAGGUUGUCUCGAAGGUGGCCAAGUAUCCGCACAUCGAUGACUACAGGCGCGCCGUUGUCGAGCUGGACGAGAAGGAGUAUCUCAGCCUGUGGCUGGUCGUUUGCGAGGUGCGCAAUCGCUAUUCCUCACUACACGACAUUGUUAUUAAGAAUCUGGAAAAGCUGAAGAAGCCGCGCUCAUCGAACACUGAUAAUCUUUAUUAGAAGAGACGACGCCCAUUUACAAAACAUCUAAGAGCCAAAACAAAAAAAUAAAUAAAACAAACAAAAAAAACAAACAAACAAAAACAAUAAAAGCUGUAAGAAGGUUAGCAUACAUAGCCACAUCCACAUACAUUAGAGAAGUGCUCGAGUAAAGUAAAGCGGAUUUCUGAGAGACAUCAACAAUAUGAUCAAUAUCAGGUAGACACGGUGUGUAAAUGGCGGACAGUUCUUAAGAACAGUUUUAUAAAUUAACGCAUAUUGGCUAUCUAGAUUAUAAUAUAAAUUAAUGUAAUACACAAAAACGAGAGACGAGAGUUCCAAGAAAUAGCUUUAGCUAUAUACACAUACACAUACACUUAUAAAAAAAAAAAGAAGCGCAGUCGCUCUUAAAACACACGACAAAAAGAAAAACAAAACGAAAUUACAAAUUACCCACUUUUUAAAAAUGGUUAAAUGAGGGUCAAAUGUAUAUUUUUGUUGUGAAUAAAACAAAAUUAAAAUCAA